UGUUUUUGAUCGUGUAAAAGACAAAAAAUAAUAAUAAUCACACGGGUAUUUCCCGAUGACAAAAGUCAUUUAGUAACCGUGAAGAAAAAAAACAUGUUUGACCAGUUAUUGUGGGACACCACCUGCUGCCCACAAUCAGGCUAUUGAAACAAGAGCGGGGCUCUCGCGCUGUGAAUAUGGCUUAUUGGUGUGUUUGGUCAUCGCGUGAAGCUGCAAUAAAGCAGCUCCACUUCCUCCUCAGCAGCCUGUCUCUCUCUCUCUCUCUCUCUCUCUCUCUCUCUCUCUCUCUCUCUCUCUCUCUCCGUCUCUCUCUCUCUCCAGCCGCCUGUCGGUCAUGAAGGACGAAGAGCAGGAGGGCUCGUUGUCCCGCCGGGACCUCUUUGAAGACUACCGGAGCUGCUUCCUCCGGCCCGGAGCCGAGGUUGGACCGUGUCGGGACCCCGGGCUCCUGAAGAGGGCGGCCCAGUUCCUGCUGAGGACGUCGGAGCCGAGAGACACUUUCACGCUGUUCCCGUUCUGCCGGGCGGUGACGGAGAGGUUUGUUGUCGGCACCGACGGCAGGAAGCACCUGGCAGCCUUCGUUAAAGCCACCGAGAUGCUGGAGAGCCUCUGCGUCAACAUGUUCCUGCAGCCCUGGAAGAAGGAGAUCCGGUCUCUGAAGACGUUUACGGGUGCCUUCGUUUACUGCCUGCUGCCGGUUCUCAGCGGCUCCACCAUCCAGGCUGUUCUGGCCUAUAUGGGCUACCGGCCCAGCAGCGACGCCCCCCAGAGUGAGUUCACCCUAAGUUCUGAUCCUGAUGCAGAUCAAGCUCUGCUGCUGGGAUUUGAGCUGCUGCUGGCUAGACUGGAAUGUUGUCGCCUCCUGGAUCUGAUGCUGGAGCACCAACUGGGACCACAGGAGUGGUUGGAUGUUCUCCAGAGAAGUAAGCAGCCUUCGAAGUUGGAAGAUCCCACAGAAAAGCAGACGGUGGCGGAGCAAAGGAAAGACAACGAUGAGAAGAGGAAGGAGUCGGAUAAGAGAGAGGUGUCCCAGCAGCCUGAGUCCAGGCUUCCAUCGGUUCCUCAGCCGAAGCCUCGGCGUCAUCGCCCAAGCGUAGACCAGGCAGACAUGGAACUGCAGUGGCAAUACCCAGACCUUGCCUUCAGGGGUCGCCCUCUGCUGCCAGACCAACCUCCCAAAGCAACCCCCGCCAUGACUGGCGGUAUACCUGACAGCCUUUCUGUGCUUCCAAAGACCAACCUGACCAAAGAGGACAGAGACGUUUCUCCAUCAGUCUCUACUAGAGAUGAUGGCCGGAAUGACUCCAGCUGCUUCAGGAACUCUGAUGAAAGCAGAGCCUGUGACGAUGAUGGUGAUGAUGGUGAUGAUGACCUUAGUGGUCCUCAAGCCAUUUCUCUUCAUAUCACACUGAGAACAGGAAGUAAAGCAGAGGCAGGCAAGAAGCGGGGAAGAGUUCAGCCAACCUCAGAGACUUCUGAUGACACACAGAAAACACCAAGCAGAGAGAAUGUGGUGGCUGACAAACCGGAGUCUUCCUCAUUGAGCUCCAUUGAUGAAGAGCAGCAGCUGAGAGCGCUGGCGGAGCGGAUGGGACAGAUCUCUGUGCAGGGAGAUCAAGAGAAGGCUACGGGAAGAGAGGACAACGGGAAGGCAGAGGGGCGCAAGAAGGACAGACAAAACCAACCAAGACCAACCUCUGAGAGGGUCCUGACCCUUAAUGGGCUUUAAAAUUAUUUAACAGUCUUUUGUUUUUUUAUUUUAAAUUCUCCACCUAGUUUGGUUUCAUGACUAUUUGAACCAACCGGAUGCAGAGCCGACCAAUCAGAGCAAUCUCAGCUUUUUGAAGAAGAGAAUGUUGGAGCCACUUAGUUUUUUGCUAAAUCUGUGAUAUUAACAGACUGUAAAUAUUCUAAUAAAUGCAAUAAUGAUUUGUUGUUCAAAUAAAUAUACGGGUAAUGUUUCAGGAUCAUCUGCACAGAGAUCAGAAAUAAAAACGAACUAAUGUGAACAUCCA